AAGUUUGUGUUUUGAGAUUGACCAUACUCGUCAUCAUACUGAAGCCGACAGCUGUGUAACGCCACGAUUGGAAGAAGUCGCCGAUCUGUUAAUAAUGUAUUGCGAUUUUCGCAUGCCAAUAUAAUAACAGUAGCAUUUAUUUGCGCAUGUGUGUUCUAAGUUUUACAGUUGUACCAUCUGGAUCGAUAAGGGACAGCGUGACACAACCCUGCUUUGUGCGCGUCAACUGACCAAGGACAGUACAGCAGAAUUUACAUUAUUGAAACGACUAACACUGCAUUGAGACUCUUCCAGCCAGCAGUGGUGCUGGAGCUCAGAGACACCCUAUGAAAGCUUCUCUGUCAUGGAGCUGUGUGUGAAUGGAGCCCCAGCGAGUGGAGUGCAUUGAGAGGUCCAUGGAGUACCCACUGCAGUUCCUGUGCAGAGGCCUGCGCACUGUGGGGUUGGUCCUCCUCUAUUACGGCUUCUCCAUUGGGAUCACCUUCUACAACAAAUGGCUUCUGAAGGAGUUCCACUUUCCUCUGUUCAUGACGCUGGUCCACUUGAUGAUCAUCUUCAUCCUGGCUGCUGUCACUCGAACCCUGAUGCAGUGCUGGACAGGAAAGCCCAGGGUUGUGCUUGGCUGGUCACAGUAUCUCACCAAGGCUGCUCCUACAGCCCUGGCCACUGCCCUGGAUAUCGGUCUGUCCAACUGGAGCUUCCUGUUCAUCACCAUCUCUCUGUACACGAUGACCAAAUCGUCUGCGGUUUUAUUUAUUCUCUUCUUUUCAUUGGUCUUCAAAUUGGAGGAAAAAAACCCGUGUCUGAUCGUGGUGGUGGUUCUGAUUGCCAGCGGGCUCUUCAUGUUCACAUUCGAGUCGACCCAGUUCAACGUGGAGGGCUUUGUGCUGGUGCUGCUGGCUUCCUUCAUCGGGGGAAUCCGCUGGACCCUCACCCAGAUACUCCUGCAGAAGGCAGAGCUCGGUCUACAGAACCCAGUGGACACCAUGUACCACCUGCAGCCUCUGAUGUUCGUGGGCCUCUUCCCACUCUUCCUCUACAACGAGGGUCUCAGCCUGUGUCUGUCGGAGAAGCUGUUCCGUGUCAGUGAGCUGCCCUCCCUGCUGCACUCCCUGCUCACCUUGUCUGCAGGGGGCGCCCUUGCCUUUGGACUGGGGUUCUCUGAGUUUCUUCUUGUCUCCAAAACCUCCAGCCUCACUCUCUCCAUCUCCGGCAUCUUUAAGGAAGUGUGCACCCUGCUCCUGGCUGCUCAUUUGAUGGGGGAUGAGAUGAGUGUGCUGAACUGGCUGGGCUUUGCUGUGUGUCUGUCAGGAAUCUCUCUGCAUGUGGGUCUCAAAGCCUGUCACUCCAGAGGUAAAGCAGGCCAGGUACGGCUGCAGUCCUUGAAGAACUCCAGCUCAGACAUUCUCCCUUUGCUGCGGAGAGAUGGGUGUUCUGAGGAGGAGGAGGAUCACGAAGAGGACCACUGAGAUGAGAGUGUGCAGACACAGCCCCCGCCCCCUGAGCCACUGGGAGUGGAGGACUGGACACCCCAGGGAGGGAGGGGUAUUGCAUUCGACUCUGCCUUUCUCUCUCUCUCUCUCUCUCUCCUUCUCGUUCUGCAAACGCUGAUCACAUUAACCUGUCUGCUGUGGCAUUGCCUCCCUUCCUCAGCAGUGCUGAGCACAGCUGGAUAAGGAGUAGCCUGGUUUAAGAACGGGGUGGGGCUCCUCAUCCAUAGCUUUUAAGGCUUGAUAACUUGUGUUCAGCAAGUCUCUGUUAAUAGUUCUCGAACUUACAAGGCAGAUCGUAUUUUGUGCAAUACAGAACGUUCUUUAACAUUUGAAGAAAUACAAAGGGAAGUCAGACUUUCUAAAAUCGAUCUUUAUGUAAUGACUUGCUCCUUGUAAAAACUGUCAUUUAUCACGUGCAAUCCAUGAAAGACAUUUCAUACUGGAAUUUGGAUAAAGAAGUGAAUACUGUGCAUCCAGAAGACCAGUGUUUUAAUAGUGUCUGCAAUUGUCUGCUGUGCCUGGAGCCCCCUCCCCCCUAUAUAAUGAGCUUUGGAUACAGUAAUUAGUUAGCCUGGUACCUAAUACUGGCUUUAUUAUAAUUCAGGUGGGGAGGCUACUACUCUUGAAGUCGCUGUUGAUAGUCCAGCCACACACAAUCAGAAGUUACAUAGAAGUACUAAAAGAUUUAGACAUACAUUUUGACAAAAAGGUUCUCAGUCUUCACCCGCAUACCCACUUAAUUUCAGCAUUUGAAACUCGGCUUGUUCUGUGGAUGUGUGAAGAAGUUUUCCUGGCCUGCUUUUCUCCCUGAAAAUCAACCCUUUUAAGCCCCAAUAUAUCUUAAAAAAUUCCUUCAUAUUCAUGGGUUCAGGAAGAAUAAUAAACCAUUACUUGUACAAGACAAAAAGAAAAGCUAAACUUUGUUCCUCGGUUCCAAAUGUGACAUCCUUGAACGUUGAAAUGUACUAAACUGAAUUAACACAUAAGCACAUGAUGUACUUCCACAUCCAGAGUGCCCAUCGGGGAUCUAUUUGAUUUUGACUUGUAUCUUUUGCAUUCCUCUUCAGCCAUGGGGUUUGCUUAUAUCUGUGACACUGAAGCAAUGGUCAAUGCCAGGAAUCUUUACGAUGAUUAUAGCAGCUAUAAAGAGUUAAAUAGGAGGAGCUAUGCUGUGCCUUUCUGUGUCAACGGAACAGAACACCUGCUUAGAGUCUCGUGAAAGAAGGGACAAGCCUGUCGCACUUCAAGUGUUUGGUUUUGGUUUUUACAGACUUCAUGUUUGUUUGUUUUGUAUGUUUUGAAAAAAAUGGAUUAUGUUAAUUUACCCUGUAUGAAAUGUACUGUACAUGACAAUAAAAUGUUAAUUGGUCUAAUGUUAA